AUGACCUUGUCUCAGACGGUGCGUCACCAGAAUCUACCUCCCUCGCCCCCUCCACCCGAACCCUCUCGCGCUACGACCUCUCCCGCCCCAGCCUCUGCUCUGGCGGCUUCUCCAAUGACAGUCGUAUCUGCCUCAUCAGGGAUCUCCCGGACGUGGGUCAUCACGGAGAAACUCUCGGAGAGGGCAGCUCCUAUGACAGAUCACGAUGUCAAAAUGGGCCGCGGGUCUCCUAAAACUGUUGGCAAGUUUCUGUGCCACCUUGCAGAGGACCCGAAGCAGAUAGCGUUCAUACGAGUCUACCAACAGAUUCCUAUCACUGGAACGGAGGACGCUGAUCACGACACACUGGCUAGACAGGCCGUUCCCCCUGGCGUGUGUGGUGAGCUAGAGUCCUUUAAACUAUUGCAGAGUGGAGGCUGUAGCGCUGUUCCUCGCUUCCUUGGCCACGCAGAAAGUAUACAAGGAGAGCACGACCUCGUUCCUGGCGGCUACGUUAGAUACCUUGUGUGGGAAAAGGUCCCUGGUGAGCCUCUAACAGAGGAAUUCUUCUGGGGCUUGGAUGACACUGUACGCAAAGACAUCCGUUCUAAGUUCCGUGCCGCCUAUGAUUGCGGGGUAGCACCAGGUCAGUCCAGAAUCUCGAAGAUCAUCUUUGAUCAGUCCACAGGCAACCUUCGCAUUUCGGGUUUCCGAAGGGGAUGGCCAAUUAUCAGUAAACUUGAAUGGUCAGAGGCUCGUUACGUCGAGUUUGGACUAGCGAAGCCAAGCAAAGAGACAGACUGGUACCUUCACCCGGAAAAAUGGGAGUGGUGA